AUGGCCUCUGUUGUAUAUGAUGGUGUUGGGGGUGGAGGAGUCCUUUUUGAAAGAAUGAAAUUCUUUAUCCUUCAGCGAGUUCCUAUGCGCUCAAGAUGGGUGGAGAUAAUUCGAUCAAACGGGGGUGAAGUCGAAAAAAUCGAAAAGAAUGCCGAGAUUAUAAUUGCAGAUGGUGCGCGAAAAGAUGCGCCGCCGGGAUCUAUUUCAUGGAAGUUUAUUGAAGCAUCUGCGAAGGCUGGAAAAUUGGUAGACAUGGAGGAAUAUCGAUGUGGUGCACCAGAACGAACAUUUGCACAACCUGCGAAAUCUACGCGCACACCUUUUACACCUGAGGAUGAUCGAAUAUUGACCCAAUGGGUCUUGGAGGGAGAGCGUCUGGGACGAUCUACGAAGGGUAACCAAUUAUACAUUGAAUUAGCAGAACGAUAUCCUCAUCACACAUAUCAAUCUUGGCUAGAUCAUUGGAAGAGACAUCUUCUGCCCAGUUAUGAGGCAGGGAAUUUACAUUAUGAGCGCGAUGGCAAUUUACCAUGUCCCAGUAGGGAACCGAAAAAUACUGGAAAGGGGCUAGCUAAGCCUCUUGCAUCAAGAGUUUCUCAAGAACGCGCAAAAUCUGCGGCGUCGAGUGGAACAGUCCUGGUUCCUGCCUCGUCAGCUCCGUCAAAGCACCCAAGCUCUCGACCGCCGCCUCAACCACCUCGACCAAUAGUUUCAAGAGCCUCAUCUCCCGAGGUAGAGAUAGAAAAAGUUGUGACUGGAGGACUUUUUACAAAGGAGGAUGACGAUCUUUUACGAGAUGAAUUUGAGGCUAUUUGCAACAUAGAUCCAUCUAAAGAAAUUGAGGCUUGGGAGUUGUGGACUGAAGAGAAUGGACGUCAUCCUGCUCAAGAAUGGCGAAACUAUUUCCAUGAAUACUUUCGCCCCCGAGAAAUGAAGAAUAGGAAAAAGAAGACAGAGACAACUGUUAAGUCUGUAUCAUCUUCAUCGAUUCGGCAAGUUUCUGAUCCCCCAAGUGGUAGAAGUACCAAAAUUUCCACGCAAACGAAUAAUUCUACCAACAAGCCGGACAGAAUCUCAGUAAAAACUACUGCCAGAAGCUCAGCUACGUCUCACAAUACAGAAUCAAGAGUUGAUCCAAAGUCAAAGACACCUGAAGUCUCAACACGAACAAAGCAUUCUACUCACAAGCAGAAGAAAACCUCACCAGAAAUUGUCGUUGAAAGGUCGGUUAAGUCCUCUGGCAACGCUGAACCAAGAGGCAAGUCAAAAUUAAGCACACCGGAAGUAACCGCAAAAACGAAGCACUCUACGCCCCGGAUUGAAGAAGCCUUGGUAACAGCCACUGGUCGAAGUUCUGUUACACCUUCUCGCAAUGCUAAACCAAAAGUCGAUCAAGAACCAAAGGCACCAGAGGCAGCACCGUGGGAGAUUGAUUUGGAACAAAGGCCUUUUAUGAAUUCGCUGACGACCGAAGAGGACUACUUCACGCUAACACUAAAACAAUUCUGUGAAGAGGAUGAAGAAGAACCAAUUUUUAGUCCCAUGAUUCGUGGAAAACAGAUUUCUCUCUUCAGGCUGUGGCAAAUCGUUAUAAUAUUUGGCGGCUUUGAAACGAUAAACGCCGAAGAUCGGUGGCACGAGGUGGCUGAUAAAUUAGGCUUCCCUAUUGCAAACCGUUCCGAGGCUGCGCAAGAUUUGAAGAGCUGUUAUGACGAAAUUCUAUCUGAAUUUGAAAGAGUCGUAACCGAAGAAGAGAAUGAUCCGCAGAGUAUCCUUAUGUUCGCGGGCUCGCAAGAUGAGACUUUGAUAGCCUCACAGCUUGCUGAUACAACUAUACGCAGUGUUCAAAGACCUUCUGAUCACGGAAGGGAUGUAGAGGAUGACGAUGAAGUCAUAGAACUACCACCAUUGAAAAAUUCUAGGCAGUUUUCAACCAUGUCAACCAAGAAGCGCGCGAUUGAAUCUGAUGGAUUAUCCAUUCAUAGCGGAUCUUCAGCAGUCAACUCUAAGCGUCAAGCUAAACGUGUUAGGAUUGAUAAGGGUAAAGGUAAAGAGGUAGAGAUUCCAUCGACCCCAGAACAUAUUUUCAAUGCUACACAACCACCCCGUCGUAUAUCGCCACUGAAAUUUCAAAUCAACGAGAAUAAUAAUGGUGGUAGCAGUGAGGAUGGUAGCGAUCGUGAAGAUCGAGAAAAACCCCUUCGUAUUCAACAAAAAAAACCACGAGAUUUAGUUCGGAAAGCUUCAGCAAAAAGCCUCACAGUUGAGCCAGAGACGCAAGACUUCUAUUACCCAGACAUUGACGAUCAAGCACCACCAGUAUCUUCAACUCCAGUCCGGAGGAAAAGGACCCCAGGUUCCAUUAUUGACUUAUCUCGAGAUUCAUCUACAGAAUCGGAAGCGGAAGCAGAAGAAGAAGCAGAUUCACAAGACAUCGUUGAUAUUGAGCUCGCUAAAUAUAUUGCCCUUGGCUAUCCCGAAGAUAUUAUCUAUGACGCUCUAAUGGCGUCAACUUAUGACUUUGAUAUUGCAAGUCCAGUCAUGAACCAAAUGCAAAUGGGACACGGGAUACCGGAUGAUUUAGCAGGAGUCUGGACUCAAAGGGACGAUGAUGCAUUGAAGAAGAAGAAAGGAAAAGAAUACGAGAGAAUCAGAGAAAAACAUGGUGAUGAGAGAAUUCAUGCGAGGAUUAAGUUCCUGAGAAAUCUUAGCGAGAUUGAUCAAUGA